AAAGCAAUUUUACAUUUACCAUAUACAUGUAACAUUGAAUAAUUCUUUCGUAUAUAAAAAUAUUAUCUAUCAUGUCAUCUGAUCUUAAAGUAUUGAUCAUUGAACUUGAGGCUAAGAUAACUGAUGAGAAAGCUAGGUUUGAAGUUUUGAUCACUAAACUAAAGCAGGAUCAGGCAGAAAUAGAUGCUAGAAUUUUAAAACUAAAGCAGGAUCAGGCAGAGAGAGAAGCUAAGAAAAAUCGCAAAUUCCAGAUUAGAUAUAUCCAGAUAGCUAAGAAAAUUCUUAAUGAGGAACCUAUUAUCAAAUAUCGUCUUCCUUUCUUAAAUGGAUUAGAGCUUGAUGCUUUCUUUCAAAAAUAUCGAAUUGCAUUAGAGGUUUUUGAUAUUCAGACUAUAUUCUAUAAAACAUUAACCCCUGAAUAUCUAGAUUGGCAUACCAAAUUAAGUGGGUUACCAAGCGGUUUGACAGAUAAAAUUUGCUUCAAAUUAUAUAAAAGAUAUAAGAAAGAAACUGGUCAUGAACCAUGCCGUAGAGCUCACCAUGUCCUAUUUGCAAUGGAAAACAUGGGAAUUAUGGAUUACAAGGUAAAUGGUAUAGGAAUGGAACAGAAUAUUGUCUUACUUGCUUCACUUCAAGCAAUAAAAUCAAGUUCGUGA